UCACGCCGCAACGGCGGCAGCUGGUGCAGCCGAGCAGGCGACUUUGUUACAGCGGAGGCUUACUGGAGAAAACCGCUCGGCAAAGUGUAAACACAGCACGCAAAACGGUCCGUGUCGGGAUUCGAAGUCAGUGGCCUCUGAGCGAACCUGUUCCGAGUACUCGCCCGUUAAAGAGGGCUUUCUUCAAACUUGAGCCGAUUUGGAGUUGUUUCAUUCAGGAUGUCGGACUGAGACAAAGGGGUCUGGUCUGGGGGGCAUUCCCGUUGGAGCGGUGAGUUGCACGUUGAACAAGGUCCAAGCAGAUCCUGUAAGUCUCCUCUGGAUGGGAAAACAUGGAAAGGGAGUUGCAAUGGUGGAAAGGACAGCUCGCUGCAGACAUCCAUCAGUCCCUCCGCAUCAAGGAGCUGAAGUUACCCGUCUACCGAGCCCAUUCGCCACAGAUUGGCAUGCGUCGCUACUUCGCAGACUUGUUGGCCAUCCUGAGUAAUCGCUACCAGUUAUGUCCGACGGCACGCCACCUGGCCGUCUACCUGCUGGACCUCUUCAUGGACCGCUACGAUGUGGCCGUCAAGCAGCUCUAUGUCAUUGCCCUGUCCUGUCUGCUCUUAGCCAGUAAAUUUGAAGAGAAGGAGGACAGAGUACCCAAACUGGAGCAACUGAACUCAUUGGGAUUCAUGUGUAAUUUAAACAUGGUUCUCAACAAGAAGGAUCUGAUCAAAAUGGAACUUCUGCUGAUGGAGACCUUUGGCUGGAAUCUGUGCAUGCCCACACCGGCCCACUUCAUCGACUACUACCUCAACGCCUCAGUGCAAGAGGGAGAUCUGUACAAUGGCUGGCCCCUGUCCUCCCUCUCUAAAACCAAGGCUUUCAUGGACAAAUACACUCACUACUUCCUGGAAGUCUCACUGCAAGAUCACACGUUCCUUAGUUUCCGACCGUCCCAAGUUGCUGCCGCGUGCGUGGCAGCGUCGCGCAUUUGCCUGCAGAUUUCCCCGAGCUGGACUACUGCGCUGCAUCUACUGACCGGCUACACUUGGGACCACCUCACCCAGUGUAUUGAACUCAUGCUGCUUGCUCACGACAACGACGUGAGAGAGGCCAACAAAACAAAGUGCGCCCCCCCGCACCGAGCUUCCCCUCUGCAAUCUCAGGGCCAAACUUCUCACCUCUCUCCGGUGUCUGCCAUUCAGAGAUCGCCAUCUUCGUCGUCCACGUCCGCCACGCCACAGCUGCUCUUUCAGCCAGACCACUUCCCAAACCUCUCCCAGCAUUCCCCCUCCUUGUCUCAGCUGCAAACGCUCGCCGACGCUCAGGCUCUGGCGCCUGUGGUCAAUGUGUCUCAGGACUUUUUUCAGAGCCACAGAAUGGGGCUCCUGAGCGGGGGGGCGUCUUGCCUGAGCGCUGGGGCCGGCUUCCCUUCCUACUCAAGUCUGGCCUCAGGCCUCCAGGCGGGGGCUCGCGCGCUGCCGCUCCAGGGUCCUAUAUCUGUUCAAAUGGCCCUCGCGGGAGAGGCGCACCACUGCCUAAGCGUGGCCUACACCGGGGGCUACCUGGGGGCCCAUCACACUUUCGCAGCCGGCUGCUUCGACAGGUGACGCCAGGAGACGGAGAGAGAACGGCGGCGGGAGAGCGCCGCAACGCUGCAGUCCCCGCUGCCUUUCGCAGAUCUGUCCUCUCUCUCCGUCGGCACGGCGACACCUUCGGCGCGUCACCCACACCCUCCCCUCUCACAGAGACAUCUCAAACGCAAGCAGAGGUCCAAAGACAAAAGAGACCCAGUGGAAGUCAUCACUCUGACGUGAGCAAUGUCUUCGUAGACCGCUUGUCACCACUGCGGCUGAGCUGAAAGCAGUGCCAAAUUUGUAAAAGUGCAACAAAAACAACAAAGCUGUGAAAAGGAUAUUUAGCCGUUUGGAUGAUAUGAUAUAUUUUUUUAAAAGACCAAUUCUACCAAAAUCACAUUUUUUUGUGAGGGAAAACAAAUUUUGCAUAGGAGCCACCUUUGGGAAGCUGCUUUCUGUUUUCACUCAGUGCCAUGUAAAGGAAAUGCGUGCGCGUCUUAUGUCUGCAAGCAUUGAUUAAACAAGUGUAGGCCGCGUCAAGCCUGAAGCGGCCCCUUUGGGAAUUCCACACUGCAUUAGUCCUCGAGGGGCGGAAGAAUUCCUUGCUUAGUGCACAGCAGGUGAGGUUUAGGGGGAAAAAAAGCCUGCACUGGCCCGCUUUACUCCCCCCGCCGCUCCUCCCAGCUUCCAAAGUCGAGCCUUGCAGCAAGUAGGGUCAAGCGAGUUUUAAAUGCGGCGUCAAAGAUUUCAUGUGACCGGACCAGCAUGGGGAAGCAGACCCAGAAGUGGUUGACUGUACAUAGGAAAUGCUGCUGCUGUUGCUGCCUUGUAGUGAACUGCUGGUUCUGUCGGUGUUAAUGAUGUUUACGUGAACCACUUAAGUAUCAGGGACUUGAACAAGAUUACUUGAAUAUUACAUCGGAACAUGCCAUAGCUUUUAUUUAUAAACUUUGGUUCGAUAUAUUGGUUGUUUUUUUUUCUUUUUUCAAUACCGACCUAGAAAGUCACCCUUGUUGUCAUCCAGGCUCUGGUUACAGGCUAAAACUAGCCUUUAUACUGUGCUGUGCUAUAAUGCUUUAGGUCAGGGUUGGCAAACCUGCCAGUCAUGUGUUUCUGAAAACAAAAUUCCAGAGUGGCGGUUAUAAAAUGCCCUCAACUUACACAACACAACACAAGUACUGCUACUAACCGUCUGCUGAAUCAUUCCGUUUCAUACUAAAGCCCAACGUAGCAAUGUUGGGGGGCCAGAAAGUGUACUGUACUCCCUUUAAAGAGGGUGUUUGUCAAAUCUGCAUAAAUGAACGAGCUGGCAGUCGUCGUUUGCCACACAAACAUCUGCAUCCAGUCGCGUGUAAUUGCGUUCCACCUUUGUAAAGCGCCCAAUUUUCCACUUCCUGUUCAUUUAAACGCAUCCAGAUUCGGUGUGCCAGUCUCAGAGGGAAUACCUCGAAAUGGGUCGUCGGCCACUCGGCCUCCAGCUCGUGUUCUACUUUCGACCCAGCUGUUGUGGAAGGACCUGACCUUAUUGUUUUCAUUUACUUAUGUAUAGUUUUACAGCUUUUUUGUGGUUUGAACUUUUUGAAAAUCUCGUGUCAUGGAGAUGUUAACUUGCCCAUUCCUCAUGACUUCUUGAGCAACUUCCCACAAAGGUGCAAUAUAUAUUUUUUCCCCUUGUCUGAACCGAAUACCGCAAUCCUGUGUUGUUGGUCAACCGCGACCUGACUUGCAGUUCGCCUUGUUUCCUCUAGAGGGCAGCAGUCGCUACGAACUGACUAUGUUGCAUAUUGCAGCCACCACAUUUGAGUGAGGUGCUACUGGAAGCAUUUGAUUUAGAUUAGCGCUUUACCACGUGCUUUAUUUUCCUCCCAUGCUGAUUUGACUCAAGCGGAAGUACACUGACAAACCACAAAUGUUCAAGUUGAUUUUUUUUGUUUUAUUUUUAUUUACCAAGUUCCAACUAAUAGUUUUGCUUUGUUACACAGAAUGGUAAAAUGGUGUAUUUUUUUGUCAUGCGCCAUGGAAAAAUAAACAUGUAAACUGAU